UUUCCGUCUCGUGCCAUUCGACCAGUUCUGUUUCAUUUCGUUUUUGGAGAGCACACACAUCUGAAUUUUUGUUGGAAAAAAAAUCUAUAUAGUUUUUAUUCCCAUCGAUUCGAGGAAUCUCUUUUCUGGCGCUAUGGUGGAGAAAAAGAAAUCGCUUCAGCUGCUGCGAAUGGUGCGCUCUUCCCUGAAAAUCAUCUACAACGAUCACUUCUGUUGGACCUUCAUCAAGAGCUAUGGGCUCUUCUCCUUGGCCAUCCCGCUGGCCAAGUACCUUGAUGGCUUCCAAAUAUUGCCCAACGGGGGCAUCUAAUUCUUUGUUCUAAUAUACGUAAAUUACAUGUUGAUUGAACAAGGCAACCAGUCGAACUGU